GAGAAAGAGUAUUGUUUUGAACAUUUCUCCGACUUUUAUUAUUUAUUUUUUAACAUUUUGCGCCAAAAAAAGACGUCACCAUGUUUUCCUCUCUUUUUUCUCCACUACUCUUUUACAGAACAACUUACUAGGGUUUCAUCACCAAUCUUCAAGUUCAGGCAAAUCUUCUUGAAGUGGUCUCUUGUUGUUGUGUCAAUUAACUGAGCUGUGUAGUCUCUUCAAUGAAGAGGACUGGAGAAGAUUAUGCUUAAGUGGUACCAAUAUUAAUUAUUUGAUUCUAUAAAUGGAGGACGAUAGUGGACUUGAGCUUAGUCUGGGUCUAUCUUUUGGUGGGUUGUCUGCCAAAUCUAAGGCUAAAAGUAGCAGCUCCACAGAUCUUAGGAUUGAAGAAGGUGAUAAAGGAAAUAAAUUAGUGGAUGAUUUUAAAAGUUUUCUACAUCCUGGGACCCAGAAACAAGAGUCAAGUACUGCCUCUCAAAGAAGCGAGUCAGUGAAACCUAAGGAAAACUUCUUUAAUGACCUCUCCAAGGUCAAUGUUGAUAAAGAUGCUUCAGUGGAUUUGAAUGGAAAAGGAGUCUGGGAGAGCAGUAAUAAAUCUGCUGAGUUUGAAUCAGAAAAACGGGCAGAAUCUGGCAGCAAACGUAGGAUGUUUUUUGAGGAGAUGAACCAACAAAAGAAGCACGAGAGAGAGGCUAAUUAUGCUGAUUUAAAUGAGAAGGCAAGAACAUCACAUAUUUCCCUCACAACAGAAGAUGGCUCAACAGCUGAAAAUGAAGACGUGGCAGAGUCUGAGGUAGAGGGUUCGACCUCAAGGUUGGUUUUGCAGCAUGAUGAUGGCUCCAAAAGAUUCAUGGGAAUUGGUGGUUCUUCUGAUGUUCAAAAGGAGGCGCGUGGGAUUUCUGAUUCAAAAGCUGUGGACCCAAACGGACAAAAAAGAUUCAACGGAUCAUUGGAAAAUGGAUUUAAGCUUGGGAACAUGUCGUAUGGUAGUCCGUUCACAGGACAACCAAUAAACAUGAUGAACAUGCCUUUCCCCUUACCUCUGAAGGACUCCAACAAUACUGUUACACCCAGCACUUCUGCUCCUCUGAUGCCUGGAGUGAUGCAGGUUAUUCCUACAGCAAAUAGUGAGGGACCAGGGACUCAUCCCGGAAACUUGCCAGUAAUGUUUGGGUAUUCUCCUGUCCAAAUUCCUAUGCUGGAUAAGGAUAACUCUUGGGGUUUGGUCUCUCAGUCGCAACAGUUUCACCCUUCCUAUGCUGGCAGAGGCCCGCCAAACUCAGCUGUAAUGCAAGUAAUUUCGCACAAUUCAUCUGAGGCUACACAACAUGAGGGGAGGACUUCAGAACGGCCCAAGGGUGAUGGCAAACAGCAUACUGCUGAAGGGGGCUCCUCUUCACAGGCAGAAGAUGGGAAAGGAAGCAGCACAAACCUCAGGGGAAAAGAUGCACCUGACCGCUCUUCAUCAGAUGGCUCCUCUCUGGAAUUUUCAACUAUAAAGCCGGGUAUUCAUGCAGAUGUGAAAUUUGGAGGGUCUGGUUCCCGCCCAAAUCUGCCAUGGGUAUCUACCACAGCUCCGGGUCCAAAUGGUAGGACAAUUUCUGGUGUUACUUACAAAUACAAUGCAAACCAAGUCCGGAUUGUCUGUGCCUGCCAUGGUUCCCACAUGUCCCCCGACGAGUUUGUUCGGCAUGCCAGUGAGGAUCCUGGGAAUCCAGAGAGUGGCACGGGUUUGACAACAUUUCCAAACAACAACUCUGCUGCCUCUGCUCAAAGCUGAUUCUGUACAAUGCAUGUAUGUUUAAGCAAAACUCUUGUUAAUUUCCAAAUGGUCGCUGGGGAAGCUGGCUUUGUUUAGGCAUAAGCCUUCUUCCCCCUCUUUGUUCCACUCAACUGCUUUAUUAAAUCUCGUUUAUGGUA